ACCAAACAAAAUCAAGAAGUACGCAAAAUUGUGGAAGAUGCCAGAAGACCACGAAGGACUCCGGCAACACAACAACAAUAGUAACAACAACAACAAGAACAACACUACAAUAACGAAUUUUUUUUGAGACCCAAAGGCCAAAUCAAAAUAUGGCUGCCUACUUGCCCAAUCAAGACUGCCGUUUAGAUGAUCGCAGCCGCAGUCCCAACCAAUCCGCACGUCCAACAGCGAGAAGUUCUAGCAGACCCAGACGCCCAACCGAACCCAUUCCCAGCAGACCGGCUCAUAGACACCGCAGACUUCCCAGUUCCACAUCGCCAGAAAGACGUCAACGAAGCCGCUCCGCUGCAAGAUCCCGCCAACGCCAAGAACGACCCAGCUAUUGGCAGUAUUCCUGUGGGUUGUGUCAGGAGGACCAUGCCCUCAGUGCUUGCGAGAGGUUUCGCCACCAGACCCCCUUCCAGCGCUAUGAGACUGUGGAGCGUAGGGGGUACUGCAGAAAUUGCCUUGCCAGAAGUCAUUUGGCCCCUGACUGUCCGUCGUUGACUGGUUGCAGGAGGUGCAACAAUCGGCAUCAUACGCUGCUACACGGGGCGUCUCAGCUGGAGGAAGUAUCUCUAAACGUGGAAGUUGUAACAACACCAAACUUUGCGUGGGAUUUGGCAGCGAUUUACCACCUUUACGGUUUCGCCCCGCCGCACAAACAGCCACUGGAGUCUUAGAGUCAAUGCCUUGAUAAUCGAAGAUUUGCCCAGGCGCAUUUACUCGGACCCGAUCCUCGAGGACCCCACAAGAAGUUUCAGAAAUUGCGCCCUAGCCGACCCUGAUCCCCGAGGCAACAAUCCCGUCGAUGUGGAACUGGGUGCUGACGUUUACUCAGCCAUAAGAAAAGACGAGUGCAAGGAGGCUGGAAUUGGAGAUGUCCUGGCCUAUGAUACCCAGCUGGGUUACGUGUUUGCAGGUCCAAUAAAAAAUAUGCCAAAAAUAUAAAGAACAAUAUUGUAUUUCAAAGAUGAAUGUAAACACUUGUCAUUCGGGGGCCAGAAAUGUUCAUAAAAGAUGCUAGUUUUUUGCGCAACAGUGUUGUUUGUUACAUUACCGGUGGCUGCAUAAAUAACAUCAUAAAAAAAUGAUGUACAUAUACACACACACAUGCACAUAUAUGCAGCCACCGGUAAAUUCCAAUGCUGAAUUCAAAUAAAUAAGCAUCGUCACCAGCCAAAACAGGUUUGCUGUGACGAUGCAAAUUGGAGGUAGAUCAGUUCUGUCUCAAAUUUAAAAGCGCAUACGCAAGGUUCCCCCCCGAAGUGAACAGUGCCCAAAACAGAAAAAAAAACA